CGGGCGCGUGGCGUGUGAACGUCGAGGUUGCGGCGGCUGGAACAGGUUGCUCCACCCGGCCCAGGAUCAGGCCAGGGGGAACCGGCCGGACCGCGGUUGCCAACUCGCGCAGGGCGCUUUGGGGAAGUCCCGGAGUGGAGUCCCGCGUCCCGCCUCCUCCCUGCGGGGCGCGCUCUCCUCGCUCCCCCCGCAACCCUUCCCCACUUUUCCCCCCUUUUGCAAUCACAUGGCAUUUUAAGAAUGCCGGAAAGAUGGCGGUAGCGGCGGCGGCGGCAGCGGCGGCCGGGCCGGCCGGCGGGGGAGGCGGCCGAGCGCAGCGGAGCGGGCUGCUGGAAGUUUUGGUGCGGGAUCGCUGGCACAAAGUUCUGGUGAACUUGAGCGAGGACGCCCUGGUUCUGAGCUGCGAGGAGGGCGCUGCGGCGUACAACGGCAUCGGGACCGCCACCAAUGGCUCGUUCUGCAGGGGCCCCGGCGCGGGGCACCCGGGCGCGGGCGGCGCGCAGCCCCCGGACUCGCCCGCCGGAGUCCGCACCGCCUUCACCGACCUGCCCGAGCAGGUGCCCGAGUCCAUCUCGAACCAGAAGCGCGGCGUGAAGGUGUUGAAGCAGGAGCUGGGCGGGCUGGGCAUCAGCAUCAAGGGGGGCAAGGAGAACAAGAUGCCCAUCCUCAUCAGCAAGAUCUUCAAGGGGUUGGCGGCGGACCAAACUCAAGCCCUGUACGUAGGGGACGCCAUCCUGUCCGUAAACGGGGCCGACCUGCGGGACGCCACCCACGACGAGGCGGUGCAGGCGCUGAAGCGCGCUGGCAAGGAAGUGCUGCUGGAAGUGAAGUAUAUGCGGGAAGCCACACCCUACGUGAAGAAAGGCUCCCCAGUGUCCGAGAUCGGGUGGGAAACGCCUCCGCCAGAAUCCCCUCGGUUAGGGGGCGGCUCCUCAGAUCCUCUGUCAUCGCAAUCCUUCUCCUUCCAUAGAGACCGGAAAAGCAUCCCUCUCAAGAUGUGCUUCGUCACUCGGAGCAUGGCCUUGGCUGACCCUGAGAACAGGCAACUUGAAAUCCACUCCCCAGAUGCUAAGCACACGGUGAUCUUGAGGAGCAAGGACUCAGCCACUGCCCAGGCCUGGUUCAGUGCCAUCCAUUCCAACGUCAGUGACCUGCUGACCCGGGUGAUCACCGAGGUCCGAGAGCAGCUGGGGAAGACGGGCAUUGCUGGCAGCCGGGAGAUCAGGCAUCUUGGCUGGCUUGCAGAAAAGGUGCCCGGGGACAGCGAGAAACAGUGGAAGCCAGCCCUGGUUGUGCUGACUGAGAAGGACCUUCUAAUUUAUGACAACAUGCCACGGAGGAAGGAAGCCUGGUUCAGCCCAGUUUACACGUACCCUCUUCUUGCCACCAGGCUGGUCCAUUCAGGUCCAGGGAAAGGAUCACCCCAGGCUGGUGUAGAUCUGUCCUUUGCAACACGAACUGGUACCAGGCAGGGUAUUGAAACGCAUCUCUUCAGGGCUGAGAUCAGCAGGGACCUCUCACAUUGGACAAGGAGCAUAGUACAGGGGUGCCAUAACUCAGCUGAACUCACGACUGAAGUCACCACAGCUUGCACCUAUAAAAACCAGGAGUGCCGGUUGACCAUACAUUAUGAGAAUGGAUUUUCUAUUACCACUGAACCACAGGAGGGUGUCUUUCCCAAGACAAUCAUACAGGCUCCUUAUGAAAAGCUGAAAAUGUCUUCAGAUGAUGGAAUCAGGAUGCUGUAUUUAGAUUUUGGAGGCAAAGAUGGAGAGCUUCAACUGGACCUUCAUUCCUGCCCCAAGCCGAUUGUUUUCAUCAUUCAUUCCUUCCUGUCAGCUAAGAUUACAAGGCUGGGGUUGGUGGCCUGAACAGAGGCGUGAAUUGCCUUUGAGAAAAGUGUCCUUUCAGACACCAUUUGCAGUGAUGCACCAGAUGUCGCAUGCCACUGUCAGCUUUAGAUCCCAAGAGUCCUGUGUAAUAGUCCCAGACUCUUGUCAAUUUCAGCAACUAUAAAGGGUACCUUCAGAAAAAUUCCACAAGGACUAUCAGAAUAAAACUGUCUUUUUAGAACAGUAAAAGGGUAAAGAGGUGAGGCUGAUUGGAAAUACACAGCAUAGAUUUUAAAUAAUGACAGUCAAGGACAUGAACAUUAGAACAGCAUGUGCAGAUCUUAAUCAUACCAGUUUCUAGGCAACUGGUUCACCCAGGUAAGCAAGGGCUGUAUAGAUGAGAAAUGGACAUUUUUCACCUCUCCCCUCCCCACCCCAGUAAUAAGGACCCCUUGUUUUAUUGUGCUUUAUUUCCUAUUUCUAAUUGAGUUGACUUUCGCUGGUAAGGAAAGAAAAGUACUUCAAAUGGAAACCCACCUUUUAUUUAAGUGUGAAACAGCUGUUACUUUUUCUUAAUGAAUUAUCUUUCAAUGAUGUAGAAUGAUUCUGAAGUGUUCUUAUUAGCUUAUGAUGAGUGGGAAUUAAAUAAAGCAUCAGAUACUGAUCUGAGCUGUAAGCUGGUGGAUUCUGAGCCAAAGUAGACUGCUUAAAUUGCAAAGCUUUGCUGAAGAGUGGUGUGCAUGAAAGAUGAUUAAUUCUGGGACUACACUCAUACCCAAGGUCUGCUAUCUUAGAGCCAUGACUUAUAGCUUUAUUUAUAAAAGCAAAUUAUGGAUUUUUUUUAAAAGAUUGCCAUAUAUAUAUAUAUAUAAAAUAAUUCAUGCGGGGUUAACUAAUUUUCCCCAUUUUGUGGUUUUCAGUGGAAGUACUGAGCAAUUUAUUGGCCCUUGUUUCUGCCUGUGCUUCUAUGCGUGCAUUUUCAAGCAAGUAAUAGAGCAGCCUUAUAUGAUUCUGGUUAAUGCUGGGUUUUACAUAGAGAGCCGAUGUUAUAAUCAAACCCAUCAAUAGCAUCCACAGCUCUUUUGGAAUUCCAGGGAAAUAAUAUAAUGACCUGAUAUUUUUCUACAAGAAUAUUUUCAGACAUCGUAUAGCAUAUUACUGAUUUAACACUUUUGCUUUUAUCUUUCAAAACAAAUUCACUGAAAACACACCUAUUAUUUGAUUUUAAAGUCACUUUCCUCAAAUCUUGAAAAUUAGCUCUAGAAUUUCUGUACUUGUAACCGUUCUCUCCCCUAUAGUUUUACAUAGACAAAUGUUCCAGGUAGGUUUGUGUGUUAUUUUUCAGAACCGUACUUUAGCAAAUACCUAUGCAAAGAGCUUUAAAAAGUAAAACUGUUUUAAAAGAAUGUGAUUUUGUUCACGCAGAUACAUGUGUUUCUUGAGUUUUACUUUAGAUCAGCAUUUUAUUUUAGAUCAGUGUUUCCCCAAAGUAAUACAAGUAACAUGUAAUACAAGUUCCAAGGGGCAUUGAUUGACUGGUGUUUUGUCGGGGGGGGGAAUUAAAGGGGUUGGUCAUCAAAAAUGUUUGUUCAAUACUGAGUUAAAAAAUGUUAAACAGAUUUCAUGAUUGCAGGCCUCCUCAAAGACUUUAUUGCACAUUGCGAUUCUGCAAGGGGGGGUAUCCUGUGUGCCAUUACUAACACUUACCUACAGAACUCCUCUCUAAAGGAGCAUCUUGUGAAGCUAGUGUUAAAACACACACACACACAAAACAAAACAAAACAAAAAAAAAACAUUUUGGAAAACACAGCUUUAGGACACUGAUUUUGUUUUGUUUUGUUUUGUUUCCUAUUUUAAAAUGCUAAAGAGUGAAGUCCCAGCCUGAAUAUUGUAGGAAAGCUUUGACGAAUCGUAAAUUGUAACGUACUCUUUCAUUAUAUAUUUUCAAAAUCACUGGAAUGUUGUUAUACGAGAGAAUUAUACUUGUGUAUUGUAAAUAACACAUUAAAAUACAUAUAUUAAUGCCAAUAGCUUAAUUCAACAAUGUGUAAUCUAAGGUGCUCAGUACUACAUGAAGUGUGAGUUAAUUACUCAUAAUUUAGUUGCAGAGAUCCUAUUAUAUAUUUAUAGACAAAAUGAUCAUAAUUACAAAUAUUAUUUCUUCAUCACUUGAGUUUUGGACUGAUUAAUAUCUGGAUGCGGGUCAACAGAAACUACAUUCUCUGUGUUUAUAAAAGUUUAAUUUAAAUAUUUAUAUUUUAGAAAAAUAUAUUUGAAUAAAAUUAAUGCAUUUUCUGAAUUAAAAUGUGUUAUUAGCAAGAAAUAGAAAAUUUUACUAAGAGAAUUGUGUAUAUAAAUCAUUUUUCUUCCUCAGAGUUAAACUGUAUCAUAUCAGAGUGGCUAUGAUGAAUCAAUUUAAAUACUCAUUUUUUUCUCAUUCUGAAUUCAACAGGUUAUAGCUUUACACUGCAGAUUUAAUCUUGUUGAUGUGUGUUAUGAAUGUUGUGAAUAACACAAACUCAUACAUCUGGAUCGUGCGUGGGUACGGUUAGCAAAUCAACUGAGUGAUUUUGGGGGGUUUGUUUUUGUCCAGUUCCCUCUGUGCUCAAUCUGUUUCUUAUUUGAAUUGAUGAAUUAUUAAACUCACGAUGUCUGUCCUUUUAGGGGCAAACCAACACCAGUGAAUGAUGUCUUAAUCUAUAUUUUGUGGGAAGCUGCCCAUUUGUUAGAUGUGAUUAGGUGAGCCCUUUGGUGUGGUGACAUAUCUUUAAACCAUCCCAUUGGAAUUUAAAGAAAGCCAACAGGAAGAUUGAUAUCAAUUUUUUUUUUCUGACUUGAAUUACGUAGGAGGAACAAAACUAUAAACCUAUUUAAAAAAACACUCGGGCAGAGACAUUUAAUUAAUUCUAUCAAUUGAUGCAUUAAAAUGCUGAAAAAUGCAUGUUUCUUUAUCCAAAUGCUUGUUGACCCUGCUUGGUUGAAGUCAGAAGGAGGUCUUAAUGGGCAGAAGGAUUCUUCUAAAAUUAAUGAGCAGGGCCUUUUUGGCCCCUGUUACAAAUACUGGAUACUCUGUCUUGAGGGGACUGGAGUAGACUGGGGUAAGGGAGUAAUUUUUGAAUGUACCAUUUUAAAAAAAAAGUUUUAAAAAAUGUGCCUAUGUUUAUAGCACUAUGGAUAUCAUGUAAAAUUGAUAUAUGAAUUAAAUAAAUAUUCAUCUCUGAA